AUGGCUGUAACUAAUCUUGUGUGGCACAGCUUUAUCGCCGUCGCUGGCUGGGCACAACAUACCAGCCCUCAACCCGGUGGAAGACCUUUUGGCCAUUUUCGAUCUCUCUCUUCAAUAGCUCGAUCUCCGUCACCAAGCCCCCGAGCCACCAAAACGACGAGUCAAGCACCUUCCGUUGUCGACAUGCCCAUCAUGUCUUCCUCAGUAGCAUCCUCGCCGGCACUUCGACCCACGACAACAGUGACACCUCCAGACGAUGACGGCGAGCUGAGUACACUACCUGACCCCCGCAGCCGGGCUAUGAGUCCCGCUAGUGAAGCCGAUGCUGCUCAGCAUCCCGAGCUGAAUGACGAAGUCGCAACCCUGAGCGCCAAGUUAAUAAACGCCAUCAACCACCAGACAACCCUCGACGACACAUUAUCCGCCACAAGACAAGAGUUGGAAAGAGCACGCGAGAAAAUCAAGCAUUUAGAAGAACAGAACGAAUCUCAAAGAGAGAUGCUUGCGGGCGAUAUUUGGAUUCGUCGCAAGACCGCAGAGGAAGAAAAGAAGACCAUCAUGCUCCGUGUGAACCAAGAGAAGAAACUCCGAGAGGAUGCCGAGAAGGAGCAAAAGAGGAUUGAACAAGAGUUGGAGAGUCUUUCCACGGCUUUAUUCGAGGAGGCCAACAACAUGGUCAUCACUGCGAAAGAGGAGGCGAGGGUAGAGCAGGAGGCCAUCCAACGAAAGAACGACAAUCUGAGAUCUCAGCUUGGCGAUAUGGAGGCCUUGCUGACCUCUCAACAACAGCAACUAGCAGACCUAAAGCACGUCAUGGAGCAGAUGAUGCUCGAAAGAGAUGAUGCUACAACCGGCACAGCUCCCUCCUCUCCCGGCUUUAGUAAACCCGAUAUCACGAAAGAUGAUGAUCGCUCAGAAGGCCUCGUCGCUUCGCCUCUCUUGGAUCCGUCUUCGCCGACGUACCCUACUAGCUUGACGCAUCUCAUUCAGCCAGUUCUUAGGACUGAUCUGGGAGCUUACGAGGACUUUCUUAGCCUCACAAAGCUGUCCAGGAAUCGCGCUGGUAGCCGUGUUUCGUCUGGCUCAUAUAACGGUCUGAGUGGGUUGGGUCUCGGCAUGGGCGGCAGCACCUCAAGCGCUCACCCUUCCAAUGCAUCAACUGCUUCCCUAUCCACGGCUGGGACUCCGGCUACGUCAUCGCCGCAGACCCCGAAUACCCCAGCUUCUGUCUCAAGCACGGCCUCAGCCAACGUGGGCCCGCCCCCGCCGGCUCUCAAGGAAACCAAGUUUUUCAAGCGUGUCCUGGCAGAGGAUGUUGAGCCGACACUCCGACUGGAUAUCGCCCCGGGCCUGUCCUGGCUUGCGCGUCGCAGCGUUUUGAAUGCCAUGAGCGAUGGCUCAAUCGUGGUGGAGCCAAUUCCUGCCAAUGCGCCCUUUGCCUCAAUUGUCAAGCCGCAGUUCUACCCCUGUUCCCUGUGUGGCGACGCACGGAAGGAUGAAGAGCACCUGCGAACAUACCGUUUCCGAACCAGCGAGUCUGAAUCAGCUCAGAGAUACCCUCUUUGCAAAUAUUGCUUAGGUCGUGUGAGAUCAACGUGCGAUUUCCUCAACUUUUUGCGUAUCGUAAAAGACGGGCACUGGCGAGCGGAGGACGAAGACGCAGAGAAGGCUGCCUGGGAGGAAAGCGUUCGCCUGCGGGAACAGAUGUUUUGGUCCCGAAUCGGUGGUGGCGUCGUCCCGGCCAGUCAUCAUCACUCACUACCCCUGGAGAAGAGCCCUCGGACUAGCCAUGAUAGCGAGUCUAGAGACAUUGGACCAGAGGUGGCAGUGACGCCUUCGGAGAACAUCAAUGAUGACGCUACUCCCUUUGCCACUCCCCUCGAGGAGACGGCCAGCCAGCUGGAUGCCGAGGAGUCAUUAGCAAGACCAGAGACGCCUUGCCCGAGUAAUCGAAACUCAACACUGUCGUCUUCGCCAGAGAAGGGCUCUAUUGCAGAGAAGGACGGCGAGAAACGACUGUCUAUCAAUAUUCCCAUCCAAGAGGAGCAGCAAAUUAUCGUUGCGACAACCGAGGAAAAGGUCGAAGCCACAGCAUAA